UACAAACCAGGUCAGACGCCAUCUUUAAAGGGAAGUGACAUUAAGUGUCGCGUAAGAAAGUUUGGGACAUUGCACUAUGCGGCACCGGUAAAUCGUGAUCGCUGAUUAAAUUUCAAGAUAUUCUGUUUCACGUAUCUGGUAUUAAAACCGCAUAUUACAAAAAAGAAGGGUGUGCAAUGCAGCAGUUAUAAAACUCAAAGGAUAACAAAGUAAGGACAGGAAAAUAAAUCAAGAUGGCGAAAGCUGGACAGGUCUGCUGCAUAGUGUUUAUGGUUCUGCUGGUGCUGUUUAUGUUAUCUUGUUUUGCAGUUGGUGUAGUCCUAGCCAUAUUCUUUGUAAAGCCAUACGUUUAUUCCCAAUCGUUGAGCAAAUCCACCUGUUCUUAUAUUGGCACUGAGGUGAGCGGGGCUGACUACAGAGUAUGCGACAUGUGUGACUAUUACGAAAACGCACCGGACGAGUAUUCGAGUCCCAGUUGUAUCUACCCGUGUUUCGACAUCAUCGUAUCCUAUCAAAGAGGCACUAAUGAGGUAUUUAAAUCUACGCUCUUUGAUACCGUAGAACAAGACAGGAAAGCGAAAGGAAAAAGUGACCGGCUGUUUGUGAACACCAGAGCAUGGUGCUCCAUAUCAAGCUGCACAAAAUUCCCGUCCAAAAACGAAAAAGUUGUUGACGAGUUCAGACUAACAUACGGCGUUAGCGGGAGAACUUUUGACUGUUAUUAUGACCAAAAUGAUCCCAAUUUCGGUCCUAUCGUUUACCCAGAGCGGGACUGGUGGCCGACCUUCCACUCCGUACUUUGGCCGGUACUAGGGAUUAUACUGAGCAUAGUGUUACUUGCUGUUUCCAUUUCCCGCUAUAGGAGACUCAAGACAGAACACUGGUGAUGAAGAGGAUAGCCUGUCUUUUUAUUUAAGUAAAGAGCCUAUGUGCCUUGUGGCAUUUAUACACCAGAUAUGAUUUUCAGGAAGAAAUAAAAAAAAUUUGUGAUUUUUUUUCGAAUAUGGAAACCAAGGAAACCGCCCUGCGAGUCUUCUGUAAUUAUCAGUCAAGGGCUGAAUGGAUCACUCAAGCAUGGAUCAAUGGUUUCUCAGUUUGCACUCUGCAGUGGAUUUGUUACUGAAAAUGUACGUGUGCGGUGUUGGCUUGUCCUAUGCAGCACUGGGGCCUUGCAACAUAGCGUUGCACUAACUGCAGUUUAAAGUGACUAUUAAACGUGAAUCUCUCAGGCAGGAAUAUUACCAAACACCAAAGCUCAGCGACUGUCUUUUUCUUUUCAGCAAUUUUCUCUCUAGCAGGUAUAUAGAUAAGGGUAAAAUUACGAUUUAUAAACCGUUUUCGAGUUCUUGAUUCCUUUUUUAUUCUAACACGAGUAAAAUUUUCAUCUCCAUUGCUAGAGUGGCUCAAAAUUCAAGCACCAGUUUAUAGAUCGUAAUUUUGUCGACAGUUUAAGACGUGGCGUACCUUGUUCGAGGGAAAAGUGUUGAAAUUUGCAGGAAAUUUCAACUUUUCUAUGCAAAGGUCUCACAUACUAUGUGACUUAAAGUUCUCAACAACCUAGUGAUAGCUCUCGACUACAAACUCUUCUUUUUAUUAAAUGCAUUUUAUACAGUUUUAGUUGUUAUUUUAGAUUCGCCAAAUGUAAAUAACAUUACUUUAAAUAUUUGUGUGCUGUGAAGAAUGUGUGACUAGUUGACAGAUUAUACUAAAAGAUUUUUUUUAAAUCUACAUAUUUUGUAAAUAGCUGUACAUACCAAUAGUUUACCUUGACGUUUAAAAAUAUCUCAGUUGCCUAGAGUUAUCCAAGCAACUUAAAAGCAAAGAAUAAAAUCAUAAUGUAGAUUAUAAUUAGACACUCAGGAUUUUCACAACCCAUUUUCUAUUAGUUAUGGUGGAGCACGGUAAAUAAAUGAAGCACUGGAGUCACUGCGCCACUAUACGGUAACGUUAUCUAGAAAGACGGGUGCCAUGUUUUAAAGACAAGGGUGCAAUUUCAGGGCCUAUCAUACAAUAGGUGCUUUUUGUAAAUAUGCACCUGUGCUUCAGUACUGUUUGCCAACAUUAGACAAAGUCCAUAUAUAAAUGAAAUAGAAACCAUCAAUUGCUCAACUGUAAUUUAUGACACCAAGACUCACUGGUUUAUUUCAGUACAUUGAGUUUAAAAAUCUGGCUUAUUAAUCAUUCCACUGCUUAUAUAUAGUUUAGAUUGUGAUCAAUGAGAUGUUUGAAGACUAACUGAAGACAGCUAGGGAACUUGUUUUUUAUUUUUUAUAUACAGACAUGGGUUACAAAAACUUAUUCAAUUGAGCUGUAAGUUGUAACACCUGGUUUAAUUUAGAAAACAAACUCUGUUUACUUUUUACAAUUUAUUCAGUUCAUUAUAUUCAUAAAAAAGCUACAUAAAUAUUGUGAUCUGUAAAAUUGGGACAGGAAUUAUGUGACCCUUCUAUUAAUCUUGAAAUAUUUUU